AUGGAGCAAGAACUAUACGAUGAGUUUGGAAACUACAUUGGUCCUGAAGUGCAGGAAUCAGAAGAGGAAGUUGUGAGCGUAGGCCAUUUUGUAGUGGGCGCGGAUUGUAAUGGCGUAGAGGUGGAGGAAGAACCCGAAGAUAAUACAGUCCACACAUAUGAGAACGCAGUGACCCUGUAUGAAGACAAAAAGUAUUAUCCUGACGCAGAAGAGGUUUUCAAAGGAGCCGAGGUGUUGGUGCAAGAAGAAGAUAUGCAAGACAUCAACGAGCCCAUCAUUAAGCCGUUGCGCCAGCAGACCUUUUCCAUCAUGGAGAAAACGAUUCCGGAGACAAAAGCAGGCGAGCUUCGCACUUUUCACUUCCUCGCCGCCUUAAUGGACAAUCCGCUUUUAAUCCGCAACGUGGCGGUGGUCGGAAACAUCCACCACGGCAAGACCCUCUUCCUCGACAUGCUAAUCGAGACCACCCACGUCAAGCCGUGGAGUCUCACCAAGGAAGUUCGGUACACGGACACCACGAUCUCCGAGCAGGAGCGAGGCAUCAGCAUCACCUCGACGCCGAUCUCCCUGCUCCUGGGCGACUCGAACGAGAAGAGCUGGCUGCUGAAUUUCGUGGACACGCCGGGCCAUAUCAGCCUCACCGGCGAGGUCACCGCCGCGCUGCGCAUCGCGGACGGCUGCGUGGUGUGCGUGGACGUUGUGGAGGGCGUGAUGCUGAACACCGAGCGCUGCAUUCGGCAGUGCGUCGCCCAGAACAUUCCCAUGCUUCUCGCCUUCACCAAGAUGGAUCGCCUCAUCACCGACCUCAAAAUGCCUCCCGUCGACGCCUACUUCAAGCUGGUCGCCAUGCUCGAAGAAGUCAACGCCAUUCUCGAUUCCUGCGAUCCCGCGCGCGAAUUCCCGCGGCUAAACCCCGUCAACAACAACGUGUUCUUCUGCAGCGCGCUGCACAAGUGGUCCUUCACGCUCCGCAGCUUUGCCGCCAAGUACUGCCGGCAGUUCCGCGGUAAAAUCACGGUGGAGCAGCUCGCGAAGCGGCUGUGGGGCAACGUGUACUUCGACCGCUCGACGCGCCGUUUCGUGGGCCGCGCGCCGGACGACCGCACGCCGCGCAGCUUCGUGGAGUUCUGUCUGGAGCCGAUGUGCGUAUACAAAAUCUACGCGCGCGUUCUGGGCGCCGAGACCGCGGAGCUGGCGCCCUUCCUGCGCGAACUGGGCGUCUCGCUGACGAAGGAGCAGCUGCGGAUGGACGCGUUGCCGCUGCUGAAGCUGGUGCUGAGCGGGUGGUUCGGAGGCCACGGCGGCGUGGUGGAUUCGAUCGUGGAGGUCGUGCCGUCGCCGAUCGCCGGCGCGGAGCGGAAGGUGCGUCGGUGCUGGAAGGGCGACGAGGCCUCGGAGGUGUGCCAGGCGAUGAGUCGCUGCGACCCGAAGGGGCCGCUGGUGAUCCACGUGGUGAAGAUGUUCCCCACGCCCGACGCGAGCGACUUCGUGGCGCUGGGCCGCGUGUUCAGCGGGACGGUGAAGCCGGGAAUGGAGGUGGACGUGCUGGGAAGCAGCUUCUCCGCGGAGAACGAGGAGGAUCUGCUGCACCGCACCGUGCAGAGCGUCGCCGUCUCCCAGGGACGCUUCCAUCUGGCCGUCACGCAGUGCAAGGCGGGCAACUGGGUCCUGCUGGGCGGGCUGGGCGACGCCGUGCAGGGCAUCGCCACCGUCGUGGGGAGAAACGUGGAAACCACGGUGUUCUGCCCGCUGGAGUUCGACACGCAGGCGGUGGUGAAGCUGUCGAUCGAGCCACGGAAGCCGAGCGAGCUGCCGAUCAUGGUGGACGCGCUGCGGAAAGUGACGCGGUGCUACCCGCUGGUGUCGACGCGGAAGGAGGAGAGCGGCGAGUACGUGCUGCUGGGCACCGGCGAGCUGCAGCUGGACUGCGCCAUGCAUGACCUGCGGCACGUGUACAGCCACAUCGACAUCAAGGUCGCGGUCCCGGUGGUUCGCUUCACCGAGACCGUGCAGGAGCCUUCCUCGCUGCUCUGCUUCGCCGAGACGCCCAACCGCAUGAACCGGCUCGCCAUGACCGCCGAGCCGCUGGAGCGCGGGCUCGCCGACGCCGCGGAGAGCGGGCAGAUCGUCGCGGAUUGGCCCGCGGAGCGUCUGGAAGCGAGCCUCACCGCGAAGUUCGGCUGGGACAAGCUGGCCGCGCGGUCGUUCUGGGCGUUCGGCCCCGAGGCGCAAGGCGCCAACGCGCUGCUGGACGACACGCUGGCGAGCGAGGUGGACAAGACGCUGCUGAGCGACGUGCGGGAGAGCGUCGUGAAGGGCUUCCGCUGGGCGUGCAGCGGCGGACCGCUCUGCGAGGAGCCGAUGCGCAACGUGAAGUUCAAGAUCCUGGACGCGAUGCUGGCCGACACGCCGGUCUAUCGCGGCCGCGGCCAGCUCAUCCCCACGGCGCGGCGCGUGGCGUACUCGGCGUUCCUGCUGGCCAGCCCGCGGCUGAUGGAGCCGUUCUUCCAGGUGGAGAUCCAGACGCCGCCGGAUCUGGUGAGCACGUGCGAGGAAGUGCUGAGCCGACGACGCGGCUUCGUGCGGCAGAGCGUGCCGAAGCCGGGCACGCCGUUCAUCAGCAUGAAGGGGUACAUUCCGGCCAUGGAUAGCUUCGGGUUCGAGACGGAUCUGCGCGUGAGCACGAGCGGAUUGGCCUUCCCGCAGACGGUGUUCUCGCACUGGGAAAUCGUGCCGGGAGACCCGCUGGACCGCAGCGUGAAGAUUCUGCCGCUGGAGGCUUCGUCGGGAUAUAGCUUGGCGCGCGAUUUCAUGCUGAAGACGAGGCGUCGGAAGGGGUUGAGCGAGGAUGUGAGCCUGAAGAAGUUCUUUGAUGAAGCGAUGCUGUUGCAGCUGGCAAGUCAGGAGAAUGAGAUUGGUGUUUGGCGUGUUUGUUUGAAAUCGGUGCAGGGGUGCUUUUUGUGUGUUCUUUUGGAAGAGAAGGUGGAUAAUAUGAAGGGAUGA